AUUUUAAUAUAUUACUCAUUUAAGAAAUAUUAAUGAUUAAUUAAAAGAAGCUGAAAGUUUCUAACCUAAAAAAGCUUUAAAAAAGGUUCCUUCUUAUUUGGCUAUUAAAUUAACUGGACAUUUAUUUGACACUGGUGCUAUUAAUAAAAUCUUAUCAUUAGUUUAAUCGUAAUUAUAUUAUUUUAUUCUUUUAGUGGUUGUAAAUUUAACAUUGUAGAUAUUUAAGCUGGAUAAUCUGAUAAUUAAUCAACUUCUUGUUUGCUUUAAUUAUACAGUAAAAACAAAGGAUAACUAAUGGAUGAGGUUGAUAAAGUUAUUCAAUUAUGUGAAACCUUAGAUAUCUAAGUUGAUAUGGAAUGA